AUGUUGCGGGUGGCCCGGCUGCUGGUGCCCCGGCAGGCCGUGCUGGUGGAGGCGCAGCGCGGCCGAAAGUCGCGUAACGACCCGGUGGCCAAGUCCAAAGUGGGUCGAGUUAAAUUGCCACCGCCGGUCGACCCGGUGGAGAUGGUCGUGUUGCGGGAAAGAUACGCCGACUACAAGCUCAUCACGAGGGCUCUUCGUUUCGAGUUCAAGGAGGAGGUCCUGCGGAGGAAGUACGAGGAGGAGACUGGCUCCAUGGCGGAGGAGCGCGCGCGCCAGGAGGCAGAGGAGCACAACCGGCUCAUGGCCUUCAACCAACAGGAGAACCAGCGUCUCCUCCAACUACGGCUGGAGAGGAUGGAGAAGGAAACUGAAGAGGCAGAACGCGACAAGUUGGAAGCGGCUCUCCAGCGAGAACAGCAACAGCAACAAUUCAUCAAGCAGAAACAGGAGGAGAUUCAGCAGUUGCAGGAGGAAGCCAAGAACUUCAUCACGCUAGAUAACUUGGACCGACGUAUCGAGGAGGCGUUGGACAACCCUAAGAACUACAAUUUUGCCGUGGACAAAGAAGGCCGAGUCGUUAAACGGACAGUCUUACAAUGA